CAGAGUCCCUUUUAAUUUUCUUUUUACCUUUGGUGGCCCAAUUCAAAUUUAGGAAGAAGAAAAACCCAAAACCCCGCCCUCUUUCAGACAAAAGUAGAAGCCAUGGAAACAGAUGAAGUUGUUCCAUUUCAACUUCAGUUCGACAAACCCAUAGCUUCUCAGAUUAAAAUAGCUGAAUGGAACCCAGAAAAAGAUUUACUUGCUAUGGUUACUGAUGACUCUAAGCUUCUUCUUCAUCGUUUCAAUUGGCAAAGGCUCUGGACUGUUACACCUGGAAAGAACAUAACAUCCGUAUGUUGGCGUCCUGAUGGGAAAGCAAUUGCAGUUGGGCUUGAAGAUGGGACAAUUUCCCUGCAUGAUGUAGAAAAUGGGAAGCUGUUGAGAAGCAUAAAGUCCCACUCGGCUGAUGUUGUGUGUCUCCAUUGGGAGGAGGACGGGAAAAAGGACAAGAACAGUAAUGCCUCCAGUUAUGAAGAUCGAACUUCACGGUUCUUUCCUCCUCCCCCUAGAGUUCCUAAGAUGCCUGGACUUGUACCUGGGGAUAGUGGCUUCAUGGAUGAUGGAGAAGAUUCUUUCCAGGAGCUAUCAAAAUCUUCACAUCAAAGAUAUAAUAUUUUAUGUAGCGGGGACAAGGAUGGAAGUAUCUGCUUCAAUAUCUUUGGCAUAUUUCCAAUAGGGACAGUUAAUAUACACAACCUUGUCGUCUCCAGUUCACUUUCAAGCAGCAACGUUGCUAGCCGACUUCUGAAUGCUUCCAUUUGUAAGGUGGCCUUGUCUAAAGAUCUUUGCCAUUUAGUAGUUUUGUGCAAUGGGGAGCUGAUCACUGACGAGGUUGAUCAAGGUGAAGGACAUCAUGGGUUACUUGGCUAUCACUGCUUAGUCCUCAAUACUACAAUAUUUUCCAAAAGGAAAACUGAACUUCACCAGGUUGCCCAACAGGCUUCCAACAUUGAAGAUCUGAGUGAAGUCAUCCGGACAUCACUAUCAGUCAUGUCUAAAAUAUGGUCUGAUGCUAUGCACACAUUUCACGAGAAGUUCAACAGUGUAUCCACAUUGAUAGUGGACCAUGGACUUGAUUCUACUCCCCAGGAUGAGUUUCUAAGCCUUUUAGGUGGCGCCAGGGCCAGUCCUCCACUUCAUCAGUUUUUAGAAAAUUCUCUUGGUGAGGCGGGUCUCAAGCGGGUAGCAAAGACAGUUAAUGGUGCGGGGAAAGAGCUUCAGUUAAUUGUUCUUGAUCAUCUACAGCCUGCUGCAGAAAUUAUUGGAUUCAGAAUUGGAGAACUGAGAGGGCUUUCAAAAUGGCGUGCACGCUAUAAAGGUAUUGGCUUGGAUGAGAAGUUGAUGGAUAAUGCUACAGAAAGGGCUGGCAUGUUACUCGUACAGGUGGAACGUUUUAUGAGGGUUUUAGCUUCUGUUGUCCAGCAGUUUUCAAAUUUCUUCAGCUGGCUUCUGAAAUCUGUGAAGAUUCUAAUGGCUGAACCAAGUGAUCAGCUACCUUUUAAUAGUGAACUUGUUAUUAUAUUCUUGAAGUUCCUGUAUGAUCAAGAUCCUGUAAAGCAGUUACUGGAGCUUUCUGAGGCAGAUAGGAGUGUUGAAGUAGACUUGGAAACGAUGCAAAGAAUUAAACAACUAGCACAUUUUGGAGGGUUUUCAGAUCUAGAAUAUUUGAAAAGGACGCUUUCACAAGAAUUUCAACAAAUGGAGGCAUGUUUCAAAGAUGCUUUCGAGAUGCCAUUUUCUACUAUUUCGGAAAAGUUACUUUGUGAGGAUCUGCUGCCACUUUUUCCUAUUGCAUCUUCUUCAAAACUAAAGCCUCACAUGGUUCCUGCAUCAGUAUCCUACUAUGAGGACAUGUUGCAUGAUGCUUCUGAGAGUGAAAUACAUCAACAGACGCUCACUGGCUACAUAUCCUUCAAAUUACCAGAUGAUUCUUUUCCAGUCACAAACUGCAUAGGUAUUGUCAGGGGCCUUACACGUGAUUUGGUUAAAGUGGAUAGCAAUCCAGUAGAAGCAGCCCUUUUAUGUAUUCCUGAUGGAUAUCACUGUAUUGAUCUCUCACUUUAUAAAGAGGGUCAAAUCGUUUUACUAUUAAACGAAACUGCAACCACUUCUGAGAGCUCUGGAAAUGCUUACAUGAUGAUUCUACAAGCUGGUGAACUCCCAUUUGUAUCUCUUUCAAGAUCCAACGCUCUCAAUUCUUGGAAGCUUCACGAACUUCAGGAUUCUGCUAUAUACCUGCAACUGGAGAGUGAAAAGGUUCGAAGCAUUCCUCAUUCUGUGGUUCCUCCCCUGGCAGUCAGCGCAUCAAGAGGAGUUGCUUGUGUUUUUGCUGCAAGAAAGCGUGCCUUGGUUUACAUUUUGGAUGAAGAUGAAGAUGAAGUUUCUGAUACAGACUGACAGUACCUUGCUGCUUACUGGGUCUUUUGCUCCAUCUAUUCAUUUUGGUCAGAUAAGGCAGUGUCUUUUUCACUUAAUUGUAGAUUCUCUGUACAUUUCUACUUAACAUUAAUUAGUUGGAUGAUGUAAAAGCUGAAGGAUUAACAAUUCUACUUCAUAUUAGAAAAUGGCAAUAUAUUUAAUUUGAACUAA